UACCAACGCCAUUCGGUUUAAUACUUUAAUAGAGUAGAUUGUUGGCUGUCUUCUACACGAUAUUACAUUUUAGCAACCAUAAUUUUAUCAUCGUGCAGCUUUGUUAAUGUUAUUUUCCACACACUUCACUCCAAAAUUAUUAUUUCUGUUUAUUGCAAUAGUCUAUACAGCCUAUAGAAUUGUCGUUUAAGUCUUUAACAGCAACGUCAAAAUGGGACAAGGAUCAUCACAGGAAAGCUUUUAUCAGGAUGAAGAGGACAAGUUUCAAAUGCCCCACAAAGUGCUGCGACUGUUGGGAAAAGGCUCCAACGGGGUGGUUUAUGUGGCCGAAGUGACCGAUGCAAAUCCACCUAUUAAUAUCGUCGUGAAGAAAAUUACCCUUUCGCAUAAGAGAAAGCGCGCCAGCCAACAAUUUUACCUACUUCGUAAUGAAAUCGAUGCCAUUGCCAAGAUCAAUCAUCAAAAUGUUCUGAAAUAUUAUGGAUGGAAUGUGGCAGCGGCAUCGGAAGAACAUUCUGAUGAAUCCGAAGCCGCCCACUUUCAGAUUUUCAUGGAAUUUUGCCCAGGCGGAACACUGCAAGAACGUUCUCGUAGAGGAGUGCGAUUUUUCCACAUCCGUGAAUACACACGACAAAUCCUGGAAGGUUUGGCUUACUUGCACGACGCCGGGAUCGUCCAUGGAAACCUUACGUGCGAAAACGUAUUACUUACUGCCCGCAACAGCCUGCACGUAAAAAUCGCUGGAUUCGGUCGAGUGAAGCAUUUUCACGAGAAACGGCGUGGUUCGCACAGCCACGACGCGGGCUUUGCAACGCCGGCUCACCUCGCACCCGGCUCGGACGCUGAGUCGGCACGGAGCACCCCGGCGAACGAUAUCUGGGGCGUCGGCUGUGUCGUCUUGGAAAUGCUGCAUGAAGGUCAAGUCAAUGAAUUAUUCGACACUUCCGAAGAAAUUUUGGAUAUCGUUAAGCAGGAUAAUGCGACUAUUAUUAAGUGGUUUACCGGCGGUGAACUGGCCGGCAGUCAUUUGGCAUAUUUCCUGAAAAACCGAAAGGUCAUCGAGUGUAUUCGCUUCCUGCAGGCGUGUCUGCGUAAAGAGGCCACCAGUCGUCCGAAUGCUAAGGAACUGGUGGAACAUCCAUUUGUCAAUGAUAACCUGAAUGAGCUAGAAAUACAGACGGAAGAACAACUGCUGAGUAAAUUUAGGGUGUUGAGUAAAGUCACAGACUGGAUGCUGCAAGCUGUUGACCAAACUGGAGAAGCGGUUAUUUUAACCCGGAAAGAGCUGCAGCUGUGCAACUGGAUGGAUGAGUUUGUCGCAAUCGCAACGGUUCUCGCGUUCAGCAAUGAACUGUAUAAUGUUACCGUGCAUCCACAAAUGCUGAAGCGCUUAGGAUGCUGGGCGUGUCGAGAUGAGCCGUCUGGUCACUUUAUGGAAAAGGUGACCAUUGUAUCAGCGUGGGACUAUAAUGGGCCUUUUAUACCUUUGGAAGAAGCCAUAACCGAAGGCGUGGGUGGAUUUCGAACGGAACGCGUGAAAAGCUACGCCCGGCAAAUUGUCCGGAUUCUGGAACCAGUGUGGGCAUCGAUCAGAAACGCUCCGUUGAACUCCAGUGUUACCGUGGUCGAUUUAUGCAGCUCGUACUUUUUACUGAACAAGCAACGUGACAAGAUUUCCAUGCUGCCGUUAUUGUUUCCGGACGUGAUUAAAGACGAAACAUACCGGGACUGGUACAUCUCAGGCAACAUUUGGGAUCUGGGACUGCUGGUGUUGGGUAUGUUGCAAGGGAAACUGAUCGAACAAGUCGCACCGGGACAGAGUGUGCCGAUUAUUCCAGAUACUGUAGAUGAAGAGUCGCGCGAAUUUUUAUUAUGCUGUUUUACCUGCUUCCGACCACAUGAUCAGUCCAAGUCAGUGUGGACACGGCAAGCCGGAAAUUUGCAGUGGUCAACUGAUACUCUGGCGCGCCACACCUUCCUUAACGCUUAAACAACGCUGUUACAAUGUUCAAGCGGAAAUUCUUGAGUUCUUAUUAAAGCAAAAAUUUGC